CAGAGAGGCGUGCUCGCACAGAGACCAUGGCAGCAGCAGACUCCGGCCCUCUCACGACUCACGUGCUGAACACAGGUGACGGCGUCCCGGCCGCCCAGAUGUCCGUCAGUCUUCACCGGCUGGACUCAGAGAUGAUGAUCUGGAGCCUGCUGAGUGUCGGGACUACAAAUAAAGAUGGCCGCUGCUCAGGACUCAUCGGCCGGGAGGCGUUCGGUCCCGGCAUGUACAAGCUCCGCUUUGAGACUGGUUCAUACUGGGAGGCACUGGGCCAGACCUGCUUCUACCCCUAUGUAGAGGUUGUGUUCUCCAUCAUGGACCAGGACCAGAGGCUCCACCUCCCUCUCCUGAUGAGCCAGUUCUCCUUCAGCACCUACAGAGGAAGCUGAGCCCGGACGACUUCAGGGCCUUUUGUUUGUUGUUAUUGUUGUUGUUUUAUGUUCGACACAAGGGAAAAUAUUUUGUUUAUUGUUGUUGUUGUUUAAAGUGCAAACGGGACCGUUUCAAACCUCAUCAUCAGUAAUUUAACUGCAUUUUCCCUUGUGA